CUGCUCGUCACCGUCUUUUCUCGUCGUCCUAGCGACUACGGCUUUCCCCCCCUUCAAACAAUAAACCAGGCAAGCCAACACCGAAGCCAGUGAUCUGGUCGUAUCCUUCUUAUUCUUCUCGCUCAUCCUCUUCCUGUAUCGUCUUCCCGGCUCACCAUACUCAUAUUCUUCUUCGUCUACUACUACUGCGAGGGACACAAGCGACCCGGCCCGUCGUCUCGAACUCUGUGCCUACGAGCUCAUCAGGUCGCGCCGUCUAUCAUGUCAAGUUUCCCCUCGGACCCUUACAAGAUUCUCGGCGUAUCUAAGGAUGCUCAACUUCCCGAGAUCCGGGGCGCCCAUCGAAAAUUAGUGCUGAAAUGCCAUCCCGACAAGAUCCAGGAUCCCAAGCUGAAGGAAGAAAAGCAGAAAGAGUUCCAGCAAGUUCAGCAGGCCUAUGAACUACUGAGCAACGAUGUCGAGAGGGCUAGGUACGACGACAAGGUGCUGCUCGAAGAGCUGAGGAGGGAGAGGGGUGUGGCCCCGGCAGCGUCUUCCUCGCCUCGCAACUCGAGGCGCCACGAGAGCAAGCACCCUUACGAUGUUCACGAUGCGGAGCCUCGCCCGUCGACCUUCGCCACCUCCCCUACCAACAACGUCUACGGCCACACACCCCCGCGUUCCUGGAACGAUGACAUGCUUCCGAGGAAGCCCGAAGACAGACCUCACCGCCAUGCGAGGAAGACUGCCAGCUACGAGCACGAGAAACCGUCCUCUAGAAAGGACGAGGACCGCCGGAAGCGGGAGGACGAUGAUUGGUUACGGUCGCGCGACAAGGACGGUAGGGAGGCGGACCGACGGUCUCGCGAGCGAGACAGGGACGUGGUGAGAGAGAAGGAUAGGGAGAAGGACAAAGACAAGGAACAUUCCAAGAAGGACAGGGACCGGCGCAAGGACGACAAAAAGAAGGCCGAAAAGGAUCGUCGCAAGGACACCGACGACAAACACCGCCGCCACAAGUCUCCCUACGUAGAGGGCUACCCAGAAGACCGGGACGAGGUUCCGUAUACUUCGUCGUCCUCAAAGACGGAAAAGAAGAAGCCGACUAGCCGGAAGUACGAGGAGCCGACGACUCCGCCGCUUCCUCGAGAAACCAGUCGUCCCCCGGCCACUGAGCGGGAGAGGAAGAACUCGGCCACUCUGGAAUCUGCCAUGCGAUACUUGACCAAAUCAGGUGGGAAAGCACCAAUGAUCACCCGGGCACAGACAUUCCACGAAGAGUACACUUACCGGCACGUAAAUCCAAUCGCCGUGCCGACGCCUCCCCCGGCCGCUGGAUCCGCCUUUCCGCCCCCACCGGCGGCUGACCCUCGGGAUGCUCCGCUGGAGGAAGACACGCCGAAGAGACCUUCGGCUAGAGUCCGUCGCAUGUCCCAUGAUACCCCCCGGUCGUCGAAGGAGAAAUCCUCUCACAAGAAAUCAGGUCUUCCUCGCGAGGCCAUUAUUGUAGACACAUCUCCAACCCGUCGGACCGUCCCCUCUUUCCAGAAGUCUCACUCGAUCCCGAUUCCCAUACCCCCUCACCUUGGACGGUCAAAUACCGACGGUCCUCCACGUCCACCGGGCCUAGAGCGUGCUGCAACGUGGAUGCCGGGGGCCGACUUCGCUCAAGAGCGUGGCCGCUCGCGCCACACUCGCGUCUACACCGAUGAAUCCUCGGAAGAGGAUCGCGAUCGUCGGCACCGUCGUACCCGGCGGACGCGCUCCCCCGAGGUUAUGCCUACACACACCACGGUGUACAAGCUGAGCGACGGGAGGACCGUCCAGCUACCGGAACAGUACAUCCAGGAGUCGCCACCCCGAAGCUCUAAGAAGGCUUCGUACCCCAUGGCUAACAGCGGGGCACGCCGGGUAGACCCUCGCGGGUACUACAGCAGCUAUGAGGACGAACCGCAGCCGUUCAUGGGCAGCGUCAUGUAUACCGAUACGUUUGAUCCUAGCGACAUCAAGUAUAGCAGCGAGCGCGCGAAGUAUACGACAGAGACGUACGGAUCUGGCGAGGUCAAGUUCAGCGAGCUACCGCGCUCAUCCUACCGGGAGACGGUGUACUAAGUUGGUUAGAGAAUGCUGGCGCGUAAUGCACUCGGUCCCCGGGCUUAUGGACGGCUGGCCAUCUAUCGCGGUUCCGACGGAAGGCGGUCGGCGUGGCGGGUUCUGUCUUGAGAGAGCAACAUCCACCGAAGCGCAUCUCAUCCGCCGAGACGGCCACCUCGUCACCAUCUCUGUUUUGUUUUUUUCUCUUUUGGGCACG